AACCAACGAUAUGGGCAUUGUGUUGGUAAAUGUACUGAUGUUGGAGCACAGAACAAAGACAAUCAAACUGCUGUGAGGGAGAACAGAGAAAAAAUAACGUCAAAAGUUGACGCAUCAGUUUUGUUAGUUUCAUUGGUGUCACGUGUGUGUUAAAACAUUUAUUUGACACAAUCUAUCGUAUGAAUAAAUGAGCAUUAUGGUGACGGUCGGAUGAUGAAACUUAAAAAAAGUGUUGUCAUGCAAAUGCCUGUUGUGGAAUGAUGAACAUUUAACUGUUGAAGAUCGGAUGUGUGAAGCAGUGCAGUAAAAAUUAUUACAAUCAACCAGCCAACUGACCAAGCUCUGUUAUUUUAUUAUACGUAACACUAUCGAGUGAAAGUGUCGAGUAUUGGUGAAAUUAAAUCCUUUCGAUAGAGUUAUGCAUAAAAAAAUAAUUAUCAUCAGGACUAUGACAAACUAAUUUUUUUCAGGGCUUAAUUUCAUUUUAAUAUUUUAGAUUUUUGUUGUUUUGCACUAUUUUGCGCUAUUUUGCGCAUCUGUUUUACCGUCGUCAUCAUCAUCAUCAUCAUCAUCGUCGUGUCGUAUCUCCCACACACAUAUAGUACAGAGCAAGACAAUACGAUACGACAUUCGUCGUUUUAACUUCGAGGUCGGAGGCCUCACUCGUGUUAUUUUAUUAUUUUUUUAUUCUCUUUGUCACUAACUCGGAUGCGAGAAAGAAAAAACAUGGCCAAUGUGAGGUGAAACACGUACGAGUACAAAAUAAUUGGUGAUUUUUUUUGAUCGAGACUCAAAAAAGCCAAUCUAUUUUGUCAAGGACCAACAAAUAAAAUAUAUAAGAUCUCUGAAGUUUACAUUGGACUUGAAUAUUCAAGAACGAUAAAAGCUAUUAUUAAAUUGUACGUUUGGGAGAUACAUACAAUAAAUAAAUAAACAAAAAUGUCGUCACCAAGUGCUGGAAAACGACGCAUGGACACUGAUGUUAUCAAAUUGAUUGAAAGUAAGCAUGAGGUAACAAUUUUAGGUGGUCUUAAUGAAUUUUCCGUAAAAUUCUACGGCCCUCGCGGCACGCCGUAUGAAGGAGGAAUAUGGAAAGUACGAGUACAUUUACCUGAACACUAUCCAUUUAAAUCACCAUCAAUUGGAUUUAUGAACAAAGUUUACCAUCCGAAUAUUGAUGAAGUGUCGGGUACUGUUUGCCUUGACGUAAUUAAUCAAGCAUGGACAGCUCUUUAUGAUCUAUCGAACAUCUUCGAGUCGUUCCUUCCUCAACUGUUAACAUAUCCUAAUCCAAUAGACCCACUUAACGGCGAUGCAGCCGCGAUGUACCUACAUAAACCCGACGAGUAUAAAAAAAAAGUGGCGGAUUAUGUUAGGAAGUAUGCUACAGAAGAAGCAUUAAGAGAUCAAGAAAAUGCUGGCAAUGGCAAUGGGGUGUCAUCUGAAAGCGAAUCUUCGAUGAGUGAUUUUAGUGAAGAUGAAGCUCAGGAUAUGGAGUUGUAACUAGAUGCUUUACCACUUGUUAAUCUUCCAAUUAAGAUAUCUUAAAAAAUAAUUCAAUUGAUUUUUUAUUUAGCAUAAAUUAAUAAUACUAAUAAUAUAGUACACACAAGUUUCUCGCCCGCGCGCGUGCACACUCUACACUUAACAUACACUGUAAUAAAAUUACAUGUAUGUAAAAAAAUAAUGAAAUCUAAGAACAGUACAGGCUGCGCUCAAGUCUACGAUUACAAUUCGUGAUUUGGUGCUAUUAUAAAUUUGCAAUAAUAAUUAUUCUGUUUUUAAAUUUUAUUACUUUCUUAUGUCGAUAAUUACAUUAGCAACGAGCUAACCGAAUUAACGCGCUGCGACUAAUAGUAAAACUUCAAUACAUUAAUAAAUCAAUUAAUAUUAUUUUUUUUUUCUUUUGUCGAUAAUGAAAAUUAUAAAUUUUUAAUUAAAUUAUUAGCAUUCAUGCAAAUUAACAUUAUGAUCUUAUUAAAUCUACUUGUUAAAUAUAUUUAGUUAAAUUUUUCAUUAAAAAUUUCGUUAGUGUGAUAAAAAAUUGUGUUACUAUAAAUAGUUCAAAUAACGUCUCAUUGAAAUAAAAAAAAAUAAUAAUAAAAAACGAGUAGAGCAAGUGACUCACGCAAAUUCACUUGUCGAGAUCAAAGUACUAGAUUUAAUUGCUUAGACAAUAUUCAAAAAUAUUAAGCGUUAAAAAAUGUUCUAAAGUAUAUAUUUAAACAUACAUAUAUUUUUUUUUAAAUAAAAAAUCUAACAAAAUUUACACAGUAUAUUAAUGACGAUUGAUACAACAAAAAAAAUUGCGCCAUAAAAAUUCCCAUUAUGAGAGAUUAAAAAAAAAAAAAAAGAAACAAUUUAAUGAAUAAUAUCUAUCACUUUUCGUUUAAUGAGAUAAAACAAUAUCUUUUUAUAGAUUAUUAUAUACAAUAUUUUCAGAUUAUUAUUUUUAAAAAUUAAUAAUAAUAAUAAUAAUGAUAAAUAAUCGUGUUCGCAUAAAGAUAAAAACUAUAAAAUAAUAAUACGUCGCACCCCAACGUUAAAGUUAUCGAUAUACUUUUAUUAAUUAUUCGUUUACAAGUCAAGCAUCACUUAUUGUACUACCAGCCAGCCGAAUUAUUUUUUUUCUUUCACGGUCAAAUAAAAAAAGUAAUCACGGUACAAGUCUAAUAGUUUGAGAUUAAAAUUAUGGAGUCAAUAAGCGAAGAUUAAUAUCUAUAUAACAAUAUAUAUAUAUAUAUAUAUAUAUAUCUUAAUUAAGCUCUUAGGAUAUGCAAAUUGGUUUGAUAAUUGGUGGAAGUUAAUAAGAAAAAAAGUAAAUUAAUAAAAUAACAAAUAAAUAAAUAAAUAUAUAUAUAUAUAUCCUCUGAUAUGGAUAACUUGCAAGUGUUCUUGUGUCACUAGACCUCACGAAUUUUAACAUUAACAUUAAUAAAUUAUAGGCAAUACUUAUAUAUUAUUAAAAUAUAAAUUUAUUAUUUAAACUAUUGUUAUAUUAGUAAUUUUUAUAUGAUUGUAAACCAGUACUCAUAUUUAUUGAAUAAUUUUCAAAAUUCAAUACCGAUUUAAAAGUACUUUAUUUUGAAAGAAACAAAUGCAAAUUUUUUUUUUUUUAUAAAUGUUAUAUUAUUGUAAUUUGAAUUUUUAUAGUUUAAAUUUUUUUGCAGUUAAUUUAAUGUCUUGAAAUAUCAUUGGGUCGUAAAAUGAAAAAUUAAUAUUUAAAACAUAUAUUAUAAAUAGAAGCGUGUUCCACUGCAAUUUAUACCAUGCGCGAAAUCAUUAAAAUAUUUUGCUAAGGUACUUGACGUCA